UAUCUUUCUCUUCUCCCCCGACAUUAUCUCCUUCCUUCCUUCACCUUGGUCAAUCUCUUUUCACUCCCAUUCAAUUUCAAAAUUGUUCUUCAAUUUUCUCAAUUCUCAACUAUUUUUCUGAGAAAUUUAUUUAUCUCAAUUCAAUUUUAGCUUUGAAAUUCACUGCAAUUAUUGUUCUUAUGAUGAUGUAAUCCUAAAAAUGAUUUAAUAAUGGCUCGCUAAUGGCGAUUAAUCAAGCUUCUGAACUGUGUCAGCUGAUUAGCAUAGAGAAAACGAUGCACCAUUUCUGGUUCUGGAUAUUCUUGUUUAGAGAAAAGGUACCGUUACACCUCUGACGAUUCUUCUUCGCAUGAAUAACUGUUUUCAAUUCUCGUUGAUAUCUAGUGAAUUGCUGCAAUUGCGUGUGGUUGGGGUUUUUGAAGAUUGUAGCAUGUGGUGUUUUACUCUUGAUGGCGACGGGUUGUGAAUAUUGUGAGCUUGGGCAUUUUUGAUGACAAGGGGUGGUCAGAUGAGUGUUGAUGGCGACAGUAAAGAGGCGAGUAAUCAGCGUUUACGAGAUGGGAAGAAGAAGACCUCGGAUGAAGGAGUUGCGGGUGAGGGACGAGGUUUGUGUGAGGGUGAUGAAGUGAAAUGUAAUGGAGUGGCGGAAGAAGUUAAGGUUGGACAAGGGGGGAAUGUGGAAUCCUCUUCUGUCCAGCAGCCCAUGCCCCAGCUACAGCCUCAAGGGGUAUGUUGGGAGAGGUUUUUACAUAUUAGAUCUCUUAAGGUCUUGCUUGUGGAGUAUGAUGACUGUACUCGCUUUAUUGUCACUGCACUGCUUCGCAAUUGUAGUUAUGAAGUUAUUGAAGCGGCAAAUGGAUUGCAAGCUUGGAAGAUAUUGGAGGAUUUGACCAAUCAUAUUGAUCUUAUUUUAACUGAGGUAGCAAUGCCUGGCUUAUCCGGCAUUGGUCUUCUAUACAAGAUUAUGAGCCAUAAAACACGGAAAAAUAUUCCUAUAAUUAUGAUGUCAUCCCAUGACUCUAUGGGUUUAGUCUUUAAGUGUUUGUCAAAGGGUGCUGUUGACUUUCUAGUUAAACCCAUACGGAAGAAUGAGCUUAAAAACCUCUGGCAGCAUGUUUGGAGGAGAUGUCAUAGUUCUAGUGGGAGUGGCAGUGAAAGUGGCACACAAACUCAGAAGUCUAUAAAAUCAAAGAGUCUUGAGAAGUCUGAUAAUAAUUCUGGAAGCAAUGACGAGGAUGAUAAUGGAAGCACAGACUUGAACAAUGGGGAUGGCUUGAAUAAUGGGGAUGGAAGUGACAAUGGUAGCGGUACUCAGAGUUCCUGGACCAAACGAGCUGUAGAAGUGGACAGUCCUAAACCAGUCUCCGAGUGGGAUAAAAUAACUGAGGGCCCUGAUAGCACAUGUGCUCAAGUGGUUCACUCCAAUGCUGAAAUAUGUGAGGACAAGAUGGUUCCUAUGGCCACAAAAGAGUAUCCAGAGCAGGAGGAACAACAUGUCAAAACUGCAGGUUCAAAACAUAGCAAUGCCCUUGAUGUAGCCCCCCCUAAAUUCAAUGAGCAAAUUUAUAGAGGACAACUGGAUCUUAAUUGUGAGAAUCAGUCUAGCAAGCUAAGGUGCAAAGGUCUUUCAUUGUCUGAUGCCAUUACUAGCACUUCUGAUUCUCAGAUGCAUGGCGCAAAAUUUGAAGCCCUAAAUAGAAGACCCAAGUCCUCAGACAUUGAAAAUAAAGGUACUAAUGAUGAUGAAGAAUUUCCAUCUCUUGAGCUCAGUUUAAAGAGGCUAAGAGGAGUUAAUGAUGCUGGGAUUACAAUUCAAGACGAACGGAUUGUUUUAAGACGUUCUGAUCAAUCUGCUUUCUCAAGAUACAAUGCAGCCUCUAAUACUAAGAAGUCUCCCACCGGAUGUGUUGGAAGCAAUUCACCUCAUAAUAAUAGCUUAGAAAUCACGAAGAAAGAUUCAUCUCGUGACAUUCAAUCCCAUUCUAGCGGCAAUCCUCCUAAUCAGAACUCAAAUGUCGCCAGCAAUAACAUCGAUAUGGGUUCCACUACUAAUAAUGCUUUUACUAAAUCUGCAGUUAAAAGUGAGCCAGGAGUGGCAUCAGAAACUAAAUGUUUGUACCAAACAUCUGCUUUCCAGCCUCUAAAGAACAACCUUAUUUGUGCCUCUCAACGAGUUAUCGUACAUAAUACUGAAGAUACAACAACACCAAUGGUGGCACCGCUUAAAGUAGAUACUCAUAAGGAUUCUGCAACUCAGGACUUCCAUUUCCGUCAUGAAAACCAUAACUGUAUUGCUAAUAGCGUACAGCACCAGCUGCCACCUGAUCAUGAUGCUGAAUCUUUAAAGAAAAUGGCUGUUACUGCUCCGCAUUGUGGGUCAUCAAAUGUGGUAGUUGAAGGUAAUAUUGGAAAUUGCAGUAUCAAUAGAAGUGGUUCAGGAAGCAACAAUGGAAGCAAUGGACCAAAUGGGAGUAGCAAAGCAGCUAAUGCUGGGGGGACAAACGUAGGAAGCAACAAUGGACUCACUGGGAAUAGUGGCAGUGGUGAUGCUAGUGGGAGUGGAAGUGCCAACAGAGUAGAUCAAAACAAGGCUUCUCAAAGGCAGGCAGCCCUAACUAAAUUUCGCCAGAAGAGAAAGGAGAGAGAGGAGAGAUGCUUUCAUAAAAAGGUUCGAUAUCAGAGCAGAAAGAGAUUAGCUGAACAACGACCUCGAUUCCGCGGACAAUUUGUUCGACAGUCCUCAAACGAAAAUGCAAGUGGGGCAACAGAUAGCUGAUUCAGAGCAUUUGAAACAGAGGCUUUGAAAUGGAGAUAUGUGGAAAAAGAUGGAGAAGCCUUCAUGUAAUUUUGGAAUUUUGCUGUCUCUCUCUCUCUAUUGUGCUAAUGUAUAAAGGACUUGUUAUUCCAACAACUUGUUCAUUUGGAAGCUGAAUUAAUCUAAUGUUGUGAGAUUGUUAUGCUGAUUGGAUGCUUAGAACACUUGAAUUUAGCGACUCAAUAAUUUCUUUUA